UGGUUUUAAGUAUAGUUUUGUUUGUUCAUAUCAAGUCAGCUGACGUCUCUGAAUAUUUUAAUUUCUUAUCAGACAUUAUAGAGCUAUUGUGUACGCGAGGUGUGCAUUAUAUAUAAAAGCGACGAAAUGGCUCAGCGUACGGUCUUGAAUGAGCAGUAUAAGGGAUUGGUGGAGCGAAUGUCAGUUCCGGUUGAGCUUCAUGACAGAGAGGGACGUCGCUAUGCUACAUGUGCUUCGUUAGUCCCCAUACAUUGCUGCACGGCGGAACAGAAGGCACAACUCUCGGUGUCAACCCACCACUACUGCGACGUGUUUACGGAACAAAUUUUGGCACAUUUAGCUGAGCUAGCCUACGUCCGGCUGGAUGCGGACACUGCUGAGAAGGUAUUUUUGAAUCGUACCAAGCGUAUACUUCUUGUAUCGAGCGACGGUAAACUGGCCCAAUGGCGAUGUGCUCCGACUUUUGAGUCUGCGAAUAAUUAUAUCGCAGGUGCACCUAUUGUCAAUAAAGAUGGAAGCAUCGUUUCCAUAGUGACCGCCAAGCGCGGGAACCACUAUGCUGUAUCCAAUGCGGAGGGCGAGGGUGGGUACUUCGACACGUCCAGACCGUGGGAGAUCAUCGAUACUGGUGACGCUAAAUUCGUGUACGCGGACAAAGCUUUCUCCACCCGUGAGGAAUUACGGGAAUAUAUUAAUUCCCUUCCCCCCGCGUCACUCUCUACACCCCCACGACCGCUUUUAAUUCACGGUAACAGGCCCCGAGUGGCUCUAGUUGCAGAAAAUGGAAGGCAACUCGUUCAUAUUUAUCUAUCUGGAGUACUAGCUGAUGAUGUUCAGUACUUAUAAAUUCUUACCAAUCUGUAGUAUCAUUUUAAAUUAUAAAGGGUUGAGCUUCUUUAGAAAUUCUUUAUUUUGUUAAUUGUUUACAUCACCAGAAUGUAGACGAAAUGAAAAAUAUACGAUCGCAGUUAUCGUAAAUUUUAUAAUUUGUAUAAGCAAUAUAUUAUAAUAAACAUAUCAUGAUUAAUAGAGAAAUUUGUCACUCAGUUUGUUCGCUUAUAACAUACGUGACAAAGAUUAUCUUACACCUCAAGCUUGACGUAUAAAUGGCUCGUAAUUUAAUAAUUAUGUACACGCGUUAGAAGUUACACUUCUUUGGCGUAACAAGAUAAAAAAAAACAAAAAUUUUAUCUUUCGCCUAUAUAUAUUUUAG